AUGCCACCAGAUCCAAUUCUAGACGAGGACGAGCAAUAUGCUUCCUCCGAAGACUCCGACUUCGCCCCAGAUGCCGCGCCCGACCAGGCUUCCGACCAUUCUGGCUCCGAAGACGGUGACGACAGACCAAAACGACCUGCAAAUACCCAAGAGGCCGACGAGGCGGGCUAUGAUAACUCGGGCGACGAGGCCAUCAUAAAAAGAGGAGAGAAGCGACGCAAAAGGACAAAAGGGAAGGGGGCCCACGGCGACGAAGAUGAAGGGGGAGAAGGUGGCUUGAUCAAGACUCGAAGGCAGCGGGCGGCAGAGAAAGAAGAGCGCAAAUAUGCUACGAACAACGAACCCGUCACCGUCGAUGUCGAUGCCCUCUGGGCGCAGAUGAUUUCUGGAACCUCUACUGCUAAGAGCAAGGCCGAUAGCUCGAAUGCGGACACGAAAGACGCAGAGAAACAGGGCGAAGAUGGUCAACCAACAGCCGAUUCUUCCGCCGCCGAUGAUCCUUCAACCAUGAUACGGAUCAAGCGCACAUAUAACUUUGCCGGUCGGGUACACACUGAGGAGAAGCUCGUCCCGCGCGACUCGGCCGAAGCCAAGCUGUAUCUCGCAUCGCAAGACCCCGAGGCGCCCACGGAUAGCUCAGCAAAGCAAGCCCCGAGAAAGGCCUUUCGAUCAGCUUUCGAGCCCCGAAUUGAUAUUCUACCUCAGCGAGCAGAUCUCAACCUCGGCAUGGCCGCACGAAUCAAGGCAGGCAAGGAAGCCCAGGCCAAGAAGCUCAACGUGGUGGAAAAGAGUCGCAUGGACUGGGCCGGCUACGUGGACAAGGAGGGCAUCAAGGACGAGCUCGAGCUGGCGGGCAAGUCGAAGGACUCGUACAUGGCCAGAGAAGACUUUUUGGCCAAGAGCGAGGCUCGGAGAGACGAGGAGUCAAGAAGGGCAAGAUUGGCUGGGAAAGCCUAA